AUGAUGUACGCCUGGCAGGUGCACAUCAACAGCACAGAAGACACCGCGCAGCGUAGUCCGCAGGUCUUCGCCUCCCAGCCUGACAGCACUGCACUGCAUGUGACAGUGCUGAAUCAUGUACGCACGAAAUUUAUUAAUCUCGGAGCUGUUCACUCUCCUGCGAGAGAUGGAGUGCUCAUUCGUGAUUGGCUGCGCAUGCCUCUGGCUGGACGCGAUUUCCUUGCCAAGCUCCGUCAGACCCUGGCUGCCAGAAUUGUGAUCUCUCCUUUCUCGCCAGCUUCGCUUCUUGCUCUUUUCCAUCGUCAAGUCAACAACCCAUCAACACUACUCACCACCAAAAACUCCCGGAUCUUGCCCUCUAAGCUAGGCAACCAACUCUCCGUAACCACACGCGCAUCUGCUGCGCUGCUGGGUCGUGUGACGCUGCGUUUGCUCGACAAUCUGUUUUCCACAGCUCGACGAGUGUUCACGAAGUACUUCAGUCACCGAAGUACAGUCCUCAUUCAACGCCACAUCUAA